AUGAGCAUUGUUUUUGUCAUGGGCUUUCUAUUCUAUUUAGACUUGCAUUAUGGCAUAGGCUUCUAUUCAGAUUGGAUUAAAGCUUGUAGUGGCCACCACUUGGAUAUUCACACCCGUUCACAAGCCAUUUUGUUGUGGGGCAUAGGAAUGUCAUUUACAAUUAACUGGAAUAAUGGAAAUCUAGACAAGGAAAUAAGUCCUUUUGAUGAUUUUCUGGGAUUUCAUGCUUAUCAAUUUUGUUCUAAUGACAAGAUCUGCGUCUGCCAGCUCCCAAUCGGUCUUCAAAGUGGUAUUGCACAUUGUCACCUUGGGUGAGGCCAGUCAAUUGAUGCAAAGAAGCGAAAACUAUUGUGUAUAUAAUUAUAAAUUGUGUUAACUAGACUCUUGCAAUAAUUGUCAGGUGUAACAUCAAUGUAUCCUCUUAAUACAUGAUAUUGCAAUGUUUACACUGUUAUGAGGAGGAAGAUUUAUAUGAUGGAAUACUUUAGGGU